GUGUGGCGCUGGCCCAGGAGACACAGAAGACCGCCUCGGUACCUAGUUGGGCGCCCUAGGACUCUGGCUGCAGCCAGGUAUGGCCGACUCUGCCCAAACCCAGGAGCUGGUGUACCUGGUCACAGGUGGCUGUGGCUUCCUGGGGGAACAUGUGGUCCGAAUGCUGCUGCAGCGGGAACCCCGGCUCCGUGAGCUGCGCAUCUUUGACCUACACCUGGGUCCUUGGCUGGAGGAGCUGAAGACAGGGCCCGUGCAGGUGACUGCCAUCCAGGGGGAUGUGACCCAGGCCCACGAGGUGGCAGCGGCCGUGGCCGGAGCCCACGUGGUCAUCCACACAGCUGGGCUGGUGGAUGUGUUUGGGAAAACCAGUCCUGAGACCAUCCACGAGGUCAACGUCCAGGGCACACAGAAUGUGAUCGAGGCUUGUGUGCAGACUGGAACACGCUUCCUGAUCUACACAAGCAGCAUGGAAGUUGUGGGGCCCAACAUCAAAGGCCAGCCCUUCUACAGGGGCAAUGAGAACACCCCCUACGAAGCUGUACACCGACAUCCCUAUCCUUGCAGCAAGGCCCUAGCUGAGCGGCUCGUCCUGGAAGCCAAUGGAAGGGAGGUCCUAGGGGGGUUGCCCCUAGUGACAUGCGCCCUGCGUCCCACUGGCAUCUACGGCGAAGGGCACCAGAUCAUGAGGGACUUCUACCACCAGGGCCUGCGCCUGGGGGGCCGGCUCUUCCGAGCCAUUCCAGCCUCUGUGGAGCAUGGCCGAGUCUACGUGGGUAACGUGGCCUGGAUGCACGUGCUGGUGGCCCGGGAGCUUGAACACCGAGCUGCCCUCAUGGGCGGCCAGGUGUACUUCUGCUAUGACAACUCACCCUACAAGAGCUAUGAGGACUUCAACAUGGAGUUCCUGGGUCCCUGCGGACUGCGGCUUGUGGGCACCCGCCCACUGAUGCCUUACUGGCUGCUGGUGCUCCUGGCCGCCCUCAACACCCUGCUGCAGUGGCUGCUGCGACCGCUGAUGCUCUAUGCACCCCUGCUCAACCCCUACACACUGGCCGUGGCCAACACCACUUUCACUGUCAGCACCGACAAGGCUCGGCGCCAUUUCGGCUACGAGCCCCUCUUCUCCUGGGAGGAGAGCCGGACCCGCACCAUCCGCUGGGUGCAGACCGUGGAGGGCUCAGCCUAGCGACGGUGCAGCUGGGCCCGGAGCCUGGCAUGGCACCGCAUCGUUGGGCCCCAGAGCCCUCAGACCCUGGUGGGGAGGGCAGGCUGAGCCAGAGGAGGGGGCUGAUGUGACUGGCGGUCCCAGAGCCCUCCACCUUGGAAUCCAGGAGCCUUGAGCUUGUGUCUUAAUGUCCCUAAGUUCUAGGGCAGGGUUUGGGGGCAGGCGUGUCUGUGUCUUCACUCUCAACUCAGGCCUCAUGGCUGCUUAGUAAGGAUCUCACCGCCCUGACGUUCUCAACGACGCCAUCCCAUUUCUGGCUUUCCGAGCAGAAAGUGGGCGGAAGGCCCGCAGGCCCUCGUUGCUGGCCCUUGGGUGUCCUUCGUGGUCCUCAGGCCUGGUUUCAGAAUGAAGACGCUCUCUUAACUCUUCCCACCACCUUGGUCCCUGCUUGGGGGUCACAGUCCCAUGAUUUUAAACAUUUGUUACCUUUAGACAUUUAUCU